AAAAAUAUUAGGAAAAUGGAAGAAGGUGAUGGUGGUAGUGUUUUGUUUACCUUAAUGGCGGCGGCGAGGGUGAAGGGAACUGUGCAGCAGCCUUCCCUAGCCAUGGAUAUUCCCGUGACGCAGCUGCCCCCGGGGGAUCCAAGACUGGUGGAAGCAAUAGUGAGCCAGCUGAAGUCAAAGGGAAUAUUUGACCAGUUCAGAAAGGAGUGUUUGGCGGACGUGGACACCAAGCCAGCCUUUCAAAACUUGCGACAGAGAGUGGAAGGACAUGUAAACAAAUUUCUGGAGAAGAUAGUCUGGAAGAAUGACAUCAAUAAGAACCAGCUAAGAGAUGGUGUGCGGAAACAUGUCAACAGCUUGGGCAUUUUGGACUCUGGUAUUGAUGCCAUCAUCACUCAAGUUGUCAACCCAAAGAUCAAGCCUCUCAUUCUUCCCUAUGUUGAAGACACUGUGUAUUCUUUCCUUCAGAUUGACAAACCUAAGAGAGAGCGACAAGACUCAGUCACAAAUGUCCCAGAGGAAUCUCCUGUUGUGCCGGUCAGCACUGCCCCAGAAAUCAAGCCCAGCCUUCUGCCCAUGGAAACGGAUGUGAUUUCUUCAGAAGAGGAUGAUAUCUUAGCUCGGGAAUCCCCUGAAAGUGAACAUAAAUCCUCUCCAAACUCACAUGCAGAUUUCAUGGAGCCUGACAAUGAAAAUGCUCAAGAUGGCUUUGAAUCUUUCCCAUCAGCUGAAGAUGAAAACAACACAGACACUGUUGCCUCACAUGUACAGAAGCUUUCACUUUCAGACAAUACAGAAGAGAACAAAUCUGGACCAGUUGCUAAGCCUCCAUUACCACUGUUUGAUGAUCAGUCUCUAGAUAGCAUCUCUUCUAAUUCUUCUGGUCUUACCUUUUCAACCCUGUCUGGAAAAGGUUCACCUGGAAGCAGAAAGUCCCUUGAUCUCGCAGAAAAAGAUGACAGUGCUAAAUUACAAGAGCCAAGAUCUGCUACAUCAACACCAUUGGUUGAUGAGAAACCAAUGGAAGAAGAAGUGUCUCAGUCUUCUAUGGAUUCUGAACCACUGAAAGAAUUUCCUGUCACAGCCUCAGAACCAAAGUCCGUGGAAUCUCACUCUCCAAGCCUUGAUGCUCCUGCCAUGUCCACCCCAUCACAUUCCAGCAUUGGAGCAGAGAAAGAUGAUCAAACUGUCGUGUCAGGUGCAAGCCUUAUAAGUCAAGAUGAUGAUUCACAAGGAAGCAGAGGCUCAACUUCAAAGAAUAGUGUUUCAUCUUAUAAAUCUGAAUCGGAAGAGAAAGCGAAAUCUGAAAAAUCUGAAGGAGAACUAUCAACCUCAAGUUCAGAGAUGAGUGACACAGAUAACAAAGGGAAGUCAGAACAAUCACAUAGUGAAGGAAAACACCAUUCAGACAGUUCUCAGAAAUCCAGCAAACACAAGAGUGAACACAGGAGUAAAUCAGACUCACAUAAAGAGCGAGAGAAAGAUAAAGAUAAAGAUUCAAAGCAUGGCAAAGAUAAAGAAAAGAAGCAUUCAAAGUCAAAGGAUGACCACCAUUCCCAUCGAGACAAGGACAAGAAGCACCACAGGAGGGACAGAGACCAUGAUGGGGACAAGGAACGCUCUCGAAGCCAUCACCACCAGUCCUCCUCCAGCUCCAGCAAAGACAGCUCAAGUUCAGGGAAGAGCUCCAAUGAGAAAGACAAAGACCGUUCAAGCCAUCACUCUGGAGAUAAGUCAACUGAGGGUAAGAGCAGGCGUGAAGGGGAAAAGGAAAGCAAGUCAAGCAGUCCUGUGGAAGCCAAAUCGGAAGGUAAUAGCAGUGAUACCAGUGUUACACCCAGUAAGCAUGAUGCUGAUAAGGUUGAUGGAAAGUCCAGCAGUAAAUCUGAAGGCAAAAGUGAAAAGAGUGAAGUCAAAUCCAGUAGCAAAAGUGAGAAGAGCAGCAAACACAGCAGCAGCAGCAAAUCAGAGAGUAAAACAGAGAAGCAUCACAGUAAGCCAAGUUCCAAAUCAGACAGCAAAUCCAGUAAGACAAGUAGUGACAAGACAGACAAGAAACAUGAUAACCACUCCAGCAAGCAUUCAUCUAAGCACAAAAAGCAUGAGGGUGAAAGGAGUCACUCUGAUAAGGAUAAACAUAGGAGUAGCAGCAAAGAUGACAAGAAAAAGAAAGAUGAGAAAGACAACAAAAAAGAAAAGGAUAAAUUGUUUCAACCAGAUCUGCUUUCAAGAGUUAAAGAAGACAAAGAAUCUAAACCUGAGAAGGAAGUCAAAGAAAAGAAACCUGACAAAGAAGGGAAGAAAGAUGCUGACACAAAAGAGGAGACUCGCAUCAAAGAAGAUCACAAAAGUAGUAAGGAAGAUAAGGAUAAGGAUAAGGCUGAUAAGGAAGACAAAGUUAAGAAAAUUGAAAAGGAAGAGAAGCAUAAGUUGAAAGAUGGAAAAGCCACUCCAAAAGAAGAGAAGAAACAGAAGAGUGUGAAAUUAGAUGAAAGCAACGACAAGAAAUCAAAAAGUCAAAAGGAAGUCAUUGUUAAGAAUAACGUAUCAUCUUCGAAGGAUUCUGAUACUAAGAAUGAUCCACUUGUACUGUUAAAUGAUGACAAGAACGUCAUGGUACUCAGCUACGAUGACGACGACGACGAUGAUGACAAACCACUGUCAAUGAAGAAAGAGAAACCAUCCAAAAAAACCCCAGCUUCUAAGAGUGACGCUGGAGACAAUGCCAAACCACUGUCAACAAAGAAAGAGAAACAAUCCAUGAAAAAGCCAGCUUCCAAGAGUGACGACGAGGAGCUACUGCCAAAGACGAAGAGGGAGAAAAAGGUUCUGAAAAAGGGAGGCAGUGUUAGCGAAGAUGAGUCACUUCUGAAGACGAAAAAAGAGAAAGAGGCGGCUACAGAGAAACAGAAUUGUAUUACUGAUGAUGGUAAUGAUGAUGAACCACCACGCAAGACCAGGAAUGGGAGAGGACUGAACAGGGUGAAUUAUGAUGAGAUAAGCGAUAGUGGCAAUGAUGACAACAAUAAUGAUGACGAUGAUGAUGAGCCACUUGCCAAGAACAAUAAAAAGGUAUUCAAAAAGAUCAGGUUUGAAGACAACAACAAUGAUGACAAUAGUGAUGAUGACAAUGAUGAUGUUGAUGAGAAACCAGUUAUUAAGAGAAAGAGAGGAAGGCCAGCUAAAAAGCACCUUGCAAAUAUGAACAAUGCCAAGAAGAUGGAGAAAAAGAAGCUAGUGGUGAAAAGUAUAAAGAAAAAUGCUGAAAAAGAUAUAGAGCCUGACUUUGAAGGAUUUGACAAUGUGGAACAGGACACAAGACUUUUUGAUUUCCUCUCAAGGACACAGCGAGUUCCUGAUGAGAUGGACAUGGAGUACAGUGAGUGGUUUGAUGACAGUGACUUGCGUAUCAUGGUUAGUGAAAGUGACAUACAGGAAAGGAUGGACUUCAGUGAGUUUCUGUCAUGUAUGCAUAAACUUGGAGCCAUUGUGAGAGAAUCUAGUGUAGAUACAGAGCAGGAAGGUGAGUCAGUCACUAAAGACUUUGAGCUUCCCAAGACCGAGGACAUCACGGAGAAGAAAACCAGCGUACCACUACGAGGAAAGCGUAGAAGAAUGUCAACAUCCAGCUCAACAUCUUCAAGUGCGAGUUCCUCUGGGUCUCCAAAACACAAGAAGGCAAAAAGUGGUCAUCAGCUGAUAGAGCAAGAUCCGGUGAUUGUCAGUGUUGCCCUCCUCACUCCUGAAGAUGAUGGUAAUAGGACGUCAAGUAGAGAUUAUGAAGUUGAUUAUAGCCAAAGGAUCAACACGUACAGUCCCCUGUCCCCUGCAAGUGAUUCCUCAGCAGAUGACGGAAAACCAAAAUUAACAGAUCCAAGUCCCAGAGAUGUGAGACCAGCACCAGCAGAUGACAGCAACCAGAAUAUUAAAAAUGCUGAAAUAUUCAAGCCAGUUAGUACUUGGAAUAAUGAAGAAGGAAAUCUUUCUGUGUAGUGUGUGUGUGUGUGUGUGUGUGUGUGUGUGUGUGUGUGUGUGUGUGUGUGUGUGUGUGUGUGUGUACUUGUCCUGUAAGACUUUAAGACUUUUGGUAUGUUGCAAAAUUGUGCAAAACAUAAAAGCCAUGAGGCCAUUAGCCUUAUGGUCAUUCUAGAGGUGCAAAGUACUUUCAAAAUGCAAUGUUGUUGCAUUUGUAUAUUUGUAAGUUUAUGGACAGAAGACCCCUCAUUGAAAGCCCAGAGAAUCAUGAUUAAAUGACUCCCUGGAAAUACUGUUUUUAUUUAUUUAUUGUAAUGAAAUAUUUUGUGCAUUUGCCAAUAGUAAUGAAUGUAAUGCAGUAGUCUUUGUAAAAGUCAGAAGUUGAAAAGAUGCAGUAUGCAAUCCAUUACAGUGACCAGCUGUGUUUUUGCUGCUCCUCUACUUAGUAUUGUGACUUACUUGAUAUAUGGGCUUAUUGGAAAUGGACUAAACUAAAAAUUAAGAAAUUGAAUGUUGUUUUAAAUCUUUAUACUUAUAAAGACCACAGGUUCUUUUCCCUAUUAUCAUCAUAAUGGUACUUUCCUUUGUUCUUAUCUAAAUUUUGAUGGCAAAUGUUUUCAAUUGAAUGUAGCAACAAACAAUGACAUUUUCUUAGUUUGUUGUUAUACUGUGUCUGUCUAAUCAUAAAGGUAUCACUGCUAA